AUGUUUACUCAAGUGAUUGAAAGGGUAUUAAAUAAGAAUAAGAAUGAUUGUUUAGUUGACUUAAAUAGUGGAGUCACUGCUAUUUUGAAGGGAUAUAAAAGAUUGAAGGUAAAGGAUGCAUCAUAUCCAGCAAUAAUAAAAACAGAUAAUGAUAUUGACACAGUUGAAGGUAUACUAAUGAGAGGCUUUAGUGAUAAAGAUUUCGAUAAAUUGGACAAGUUUGAAGAUGAAGACUAUGAUAGAAUAAAUGUCGAUGUUUAUGUAGCAGGGGAAGGAAGAGAUUCAAAAGAGCCAAUCAAAGCACAAACUUAUAUUUGGAUAGCUUCUAAAGAUUUGUUAGAAGAUAAAGAUUGGAGUCCUGAAUAUUUCAAAGAAUACAUUAGAAGUUGGAAUGAGAAAGAUUUUGAAGAAUUGUAA